UGCUGCGGCCGCUGCUGGAACAGGCGCAGGAGAUCGGCAUGAUGAACCAGUACUUCAGCUACCUUCUCACCUCACUGGACGUGCACACAGUGGACCUGGACGACUUCCGCUACCUGGGUACCAACAUCACGGCCCUGCGGCUGGUGGACCCGGACCAGCCGACGGCGUCCCAGGUGCUGCGCCACUGGCAGGCGGCGCCGCUGGCGGCCGGUCGCGCCGGCUGGCCGGCCGGCCUGCCCAUCGAGGAGCUCACCCGCUCCCAGGAUCUGUUAAACGGCGACAAAUAUGUAAACUUCUCCAGUAUUGUGACGGACACGGCGCUGAUGUAUGACGCCGUGCACGUGUUCGCGCGCGCGUUGCACCAGUACGACCAGGCGCUGACGGUGCGACCGCUCAGCUGCCAGGCGGAGGACAGCUGGGCCGAGGGCAACACGCUCGUCAACUUCAUCAAGCUGGUGCGCCUGACCGGGCUCACGGGCAAAGUCGAGUUCGACCGCGAGGGGUUCCGCACCGACUUUGACUUGGACAUUGUGGAGCUGUCAAAGGACGGCCUGGUCAAGGUCGGUACUUGGACGGCACGUACUGGCGCCAACUAUACCCGCAGCUACGGCGAGAAGAUCUUGGAGAUCGAGCACAGCCUCUGGAACAAGACUCUCAAAGUCUUCAUGACGUUGAGCGAGCCAUACAUCAUUGAUGGUCAACGAGUCGGACACGUCGCUGAAUGGCAACAGCCGGUUGAGGGCUUCUGCAUAGACCUGGUGAACGAGAUCGUCCAGGCCUGCGCAACUUCAGCGUCGAGUUCGACCUGGUGGAGGGUGGCGCGUACGGUGGCAAUAGACCCAGUCACCGGCCAGGCCACCGGCAUGGUCAAGGCGCUGCUAGGACCAGUGGGUCUGUUCGACUCGGGCAGUGAGCGGUAG